GCUUUAUCUUGCGCGAAUCGUGCCUCCGGGCGAUCGAGGAGAGAGAUGACUAUGACUAAAAAUACUUAUCAAAGAUUAACCACUCUGCUGAGGCCCUAAUCCUCCGGAGGAUGAUGCAGCGUGCACGAGCGUUCGUCGAAGGUGCGUUAAAUGAGCCAGUCGAGGAUCGUUCCGCGAGGUGCGACCGCGGCACGAGAUCGAUCGUGUGCACGUGCUUCGGACGAAAAUACACAUGAACGGGCGAUCCGAUUGCGUGUACGCGAUCGUACGUACGUACGUACCGUCGACGACGACGGCCCCGGCGGCUCUGUCAAGGUAGAACGCGCGCGCGCGAGGGCAACGGCCGGGCAUCGUACCCGGCCGAUCCGAAGGCUAAAAGGUGGUAGAGAGAGUGUCGAAGACACGAAAAUGUCUGUCGUAUACCGGUUUGUCCACGCGAAUGCCAACGAUUAUGUCCGAGCCGGCGACUCCGGCGAGUACGACGGCGCCGGGAUAGAUCCGCUCGCGCCUCAGCACCGCCGUCCGCAGUCCGCAGAGUUUCCUCAAGACCCCGUAGUUUCUCCGUCGAGGCCUGCUUUCGCGCUCAGCACAUUUUUCACGCUCGUUAUCCGAAGAAUUGAUCGCUCAGCGACGCUGAGAUGACGACAUCGAGAACGACGACGACGACGACGACGAUCAUGCUUGCCCUCUGCAGCUGCGUUAUCGCGCUACCGCUGUCCGCCGCGCCGGCCGUUUACGACCAGAAGCAGACUGGCGACCUGAACGUGCAGAUUGAGCUGAAGAAUGUGCACGUCGUCGCGCUGCUCGACUCCGAGAUCCUCGAGGAUUACACGGAUUACGAUUACUUCUACGACUACGCCGACUUCACCAUCAAACCGAGCGAGAGGCCCACCUCGAGCUCCACCUCGGCAGGGAGCACCGAGGAGGAGAGCGACGUUGCGCAAACUGUGGAGUCCGCACUGUCCGAAAAUCCGACCGCUUCUUCGGCGUCUCCUCCUGUUAACUCCACGUCAAAUUCGAUCGACCAAGAAACGCCGAGCGUUGAUCCGUCGUUGAACGGUACCGUGAACUCUACGUCCAAUACGGACACUAAGAACCAGCCGAGCGAGGAAAACGGGCCCGAAUUGAUCGAUUCGGCGUUAUCCACGACAUUAGCAUUUUCAACGCCGCCGGUCAGCACGCCGAAGCCGUACGUGCAAGCGCUGCGUUCCAGGAGACGCUGCAAGACCGGCUACAUCCCGACCGGCAACGGACGUUGCCGGCGAACGAAUCGACGGUGGCUGUCGUUGUUGCCGUGAGUACAUUCGACGACGUUCAAGCCAUCUCUCUCUCUCUCUCUCUCUUUCUCUCUUUCUCUCUUUAAACCAUUUCCAAAGUUUUGCGACGAAAUACAAGAUGAAGUUGAGCGACGAACGCCGUCGUCAUAUCCCAGAUAGCUGAAGGUAUCUCAGGAUCAUCCGGAGUUUGUCCAGGAUUCCCGGAGGAACGCCUCAGGCCGUUCUAAGCGCAUCCAGGACGGUCCAAGGACCGUUUCGUGCUGCUUGAGAUCACAGUUACGCGAGAAAAAAGCGCGCGAUUUCAUAUCCCCGUCCAGCGGGAGAGCUUCGCUCGCUCCUCGCGACUUUUCCCCGACUUCUCGGCUCCCCCUCGUUCCGAUAUCUCGUUCGCGCUAAUUCGUCAAUAACAAGGGGGUCGUCAGCUCCCUCCCGCUCCCCGGAACCCGUCUCCCACGUCCUCACGUCGUUAUCGCUGCGGUUACACACGGAAAACACCGCUGGGAAGCCGUGUCUCGCCGCCGUUUCGGCCCGUAACGGCGAG